AUGCUUUCUGAGGAGUGAGUAAAUAGAGGUCCGUGCAUCGGCCCUGACCUUCGUGAGCCUAUUCUGCGUCUCUCUAGGGUUUGGUGGAUUUUGGAAUUCUCUCGCAGAUUUGCCUUUAUGUUCCCUUCAAUUUCUCUCCCAAUACAUUCAGGUUUCGUUUAAUAUUUCUCCUAAACCUUUCUCUCCCUGCUCACAAAUUCUCUUUGCACUUUCUUCAUCGCCAAAAUUAUGUUUAUAUUCUCUUCCCAAUUCAUCGCCUUCGUUACCUUGUGUCAAAAUCUUCGAGUUUUUGGCCCCGGUUUGAAUCCUUUUUCCCCUUAUUGCAUUGCUAAUCACUCCCUCGCUUCCCGCUAAUUUCGCUCUGUUCGGGCCUCUCUCAAAGUAUUCUCCUUCAAUUUUUCUCCGAUUUAUAAUGUAAAUCCGGGGUCUUUCCACUUUUAGGGUUCUUUUUCUCUCAGGGAAUCUGCUGCUACGAAACGCAAUCUUUGGUGAUCGCAAUCUUUGGUGAUCUUUUGAGACUCCAGGUUGCUACCGAAACAGUUAUGUAAAAAAUACGUGAUCUCUCCGUCGGCCUGGUCUUGCAAAGUUUUCUGCUUGAUUGUCGUUGCAAAAAUUGAAGAACAGUGCAUACUUCCCUUUGCAUAGUGCGGUUUUUGAUUAACUUAGAAAUUUCAAGAAAAAGAUAUGAGGAAAGAGAAGUUGGUCACGAAUCAAUUACGGCGCACUUUGUCGAGAAGGCAGUCGUUCCGGUGUGGGAUUGAUAGGGAUGACAGGGGUUGGACUAUGCUCCAUGUUGGAGCUCGAAAAGGUGAUCUUAAAGAGGUGAAACGACUUCUUGAUGAAGGAAUGGAUGUUAAUGUGGCUGCAUGGGGUCCAAAAUCAAAAGGUAUUACUCCUCUCCAUCUCGCUGCUGAGGGUGGCCACCUUGAAGUUAUGGAUGAAUUGCUUGAGCGUGGAGCUGAUAUUGAUGCUAGAACAUGGGGUGCAUGUGGUUGGACACCACUUCAUGCUGCAGCAAAAGAAAGGAAGAGAGAAGCAGUCAAGUUCCUGGUAGAAAACGGGGCAUUCUUACCAGAUGACAUCAAUGAUACCAGAUUUAAUCCACCAGUACAUUACUGCCAUGGUCUGGAAUGGGCAUACGAAGAGAUGAAGCGUAUCCAAGGAGAUAGUUCAUCAGCAGGCGAUACCUCUUACAGUUCUGAAAGUUGAUGUUCUUUGAUUGUCCUGCUCUUGGCUGGGGUUCCUUUAACGAUCUUCCGUGCUGAAUACUUCCAUAAAUAAUAUUCAAGUACGUGAUUUGUUUGUCAAGCUUGUGUAUGGAGUGUGCUUAGUGUUGCAAUUUAGUAUCUUUGGACAUAUAGCGUAUUGCUUUAACACUCGGGUAUAAUGCUUUGACAUUAUGUGUGCACUUGGUCUGUUAUCUUAACACAUGAAUCUAAUCUGUUUUUUGAUCAUCAAAGUUUGUUGUCAACAACAUGAAAA